AGACUUUUCCAAUUCACCCAAAUUACUUGCAAUGACCCACAUCAUUAAAUAUUACAUUUAAUGUUUUAAACCCAAAUUAAAUUCAAUUAAUUCCAACAAAUUUAUUGUCUGGACUGAAUCAUAUACACGAAGAAAUUGGGGAACGAAAAAUUAGAGAGCAAAAUCUGAAUUUAGAGCUCGAAGAGAAGAACUGUGAGUUUGAACUAUGGGAGGCUGAAGCAUCCUCAUUUUAUUUUGAUCUUCAAAUUUCUUCCAUCCAUGAAGUUUUAUAUGAAAAUAAAGUGCAUGAGCUUAUUGGGGCUUGUCAGAGUCUUGAGAAUGAAAGUGCUUCAAAAACAUCAGAGAUUGAAAGGAUGGAAGGGAAAUUAAGUUCAAUGGAGACUGAAAUUUAAGAAUUAAAAUCUCAACUAUAUGCAUAUGCUCCCGUAGUGGCUUCUAUAAAUGAUGAUGUGGCAUUGUUCGAGCAUAAUACUCACCUUCAUACAAAGCUUAAAGCAGCUCAUGGUCGGGAGCUAGAGUGUUCAGAACCCAUGUCCCGAAAUCGUAUGAAAGUUCUAUUCCCCGUGCCAAAUGAAAUUCAAGAUUUGCAAAAAUUACCGGUCAGAGUCAAAGAAGUUGGAAAGGUGAUGGAAGAAAUGGACAAAUCUGUUUUGCAGGGAAGAUCAAACUCCAAAAUUGAUCAACCAGAUUCAAUGGCUGAGGUUGAGCAGUUAAAACCACGACAAAGAUUGGAUCAGGAUAAACUUUAUAAUGACCUCAGCCAUUCUCUCACGUUGCAGAAAAUAAAAACCAAAUCCAUUGAAGCCCAGAAUGGAAUGCUAAUCAUAGAUAUAUCUCUUGAUAAUGUUUCUGAUAGCACGUUAUGCAGUGUACGCAGGAGGGGUACAUGUGGAGCUGAUGAUUGGAUGCUCGCGCUGUGGGAAACUGUCGAGGAAGGAAAUUAUGGUCGAACAAUUGGAGAGUCACUAAAGCAGAUUUAUAAAUUGACGGAAAGGGAUAUAUUGUACGAUCAUUUUGAGAAUUUAAAGAGAGAUUCUGAAUCUUGUCCAGACAAUGAAGUUGAGAAGGAGUUGGGUGUUGAUAAGUUGGAGCUAUCUACACAAUAUACUGAGCCCAGUCAUGAAAUGAGCCGUAGAAAGAUCCUUGAGAGACUUGCAUCUGAUGGGCAGAAACUCAAAAGUCUCCAGACAACAGUGCAUAACUUGAGAAGGAAAUUGGAGAUGAACAGAAAUACUAGGAAGACUAAGAAUGUUGAUAUUGAAACAGUUCAGGAGAAGCUAGCAGAAGCAGAGGAAACUGCUGAGCAACUAGUGGAUUUAAAUGGCCAACUGGUGAAAAAUAUUGAGGAGAGUCAUUCUCCAGAUGUAAGGGCAUCCCCAGAGUCGAAAGAAGCUUUGAAACUCAGCAGAAAGUUUUGGAACAGGCACGAAAGGGAUCUGAAAGGAUUGGUCAUUUGCAACUAGAGCUUCAGAAGAUCCAGUACGUGUUUUUGAAACUUGAGGAUGAAAAGAAAAGCGAAGGACGAGGCAAAUUUUUGCGGAGCAAAACGAGCAUUAUUUUGAGGGACUUUAUUUGCUAUGGGAGGAAGAACGGUGGGAAGAGAAAGCAGGCUCCUUUUUGUGGAUGUUUUAGGCCUUCAACUAGUAGAAAUGAAGGAGCUUUUAAGUUUUAUGUUUGCUAAAAUAGUUCUUGUAUUAUCCUGAAAGGAUCAUCAUUUUCAGUUAGUUUCCCAGAACUAAUUUUCUAAAGUCUUAAGACUGGAAGAAUUAUGAGGACUAAUUCA